CCCGCCUCUGCCGACGUCUCGUUGAGAGGCGCCGCGCGGUGCCCUGUAGCUGUAGUUCUCCGGCAGCCUCUCCAUCGUGAUAGGAGCUCUUCGGCGCUCGCUGACCUUGGACCCCCGGACCGGCUGCCGCCAGACUCUGAUGCUGGUCUCUGGUGGAAGGAGAUUGCUCACCGUUCUGCAGGCUCAGAGGUGGCCCUUUCAACAGUCCAGAGACAUGAGACUGGUGCAGUUCCAGGCACCCCACCUGAUGGGACCUCACCUGGGACUGGAGUCACAGGCUGGUGGCGGGGUCAUCAACCUCAAUGCCUUUGACCCCACACUGCCCAAGACGAUGAUAGAGUUCCUGGAGCAGGGAGAGGCCACGCUCUCAGUGGCGAGAAGAGCCCUGGCUGCCCAAUUACCAGUCCUACCACGGUCAGAGGUGACUUUCCUGGCCCCAGUCACGCGGCCAGACAAGGUGGUGUGUGUUGGCAUGAAUUAUGUGGACCACUGCAAAGAACAGAACGUGCCCGUGCCCAAGGAGCCCAUCAUCUUCAGCAAGUUUGCCAGCUCCAUUGUGGGGCCCUACGAUGAGGUCGUCCUCCCACCCGAGAGCCAGGAGGUGGACUGGGAGGUGGAGCUGGCCGUGGUCAUUGGAAAGAAAGGCAAGCACAUCAAGGCCACAGAUGCCAUGGCUCAUGUGGCCGGCUUCACUGUGGCACAUGACGUGAGUGCUCGUGACUGGCAAAUGAAACGCAAUGGAAAGCAGUGGCUCCUAGGAAAAACCUUUGACACCUUCUGUCCCCUGGGCCCUGCCUUGGUGACCAAGGACGGUGUAGCAGAUCCACACAACUUAAAGAUCUGCUGCCGAGUGAACGGGGAGGUGGUCCAGAGCAGCAACACCAACCAGAUGGUGUUUAAGACAGAAGAGCUGAUAGCCUGGGUCUCCCAGUUCGUCACUCUCUACCCAGGGGACGUCAUCCUGACGGGGACUCCCCCAGGUGUUGGUGUAUUUAGGAAACCUCCUGUCUUUCUCAAGAAAGGCGAUGAAGUCCAGUGUGAGAUUGAAGAACUAGGCGUCAUCAUCAACAAGGUGGUGUGAUGGCUCCUGCCACAGGCCCUAGACUUAAGACGGGAGGUGGGUGCAUCCAUUCCCACUCAGCCCAGCACGGGAAGAGGCCCACUGCCAGCCAUGGCCCCUCAAGCCUCCUCUUCCAGGUAGAGGGAGAGGAGAUGGAGCUGUCCUCCUGAAUAAACUCAGGCCAAAGCAGCA